AUGGCUCAAACCAUGAGCUUUUUAGUGGGUUUUGUCGGUACUGUUUUCUGUGGACACUUGGGGAAGACAGAGCUGGCUGGAGUUGCUCUGGCAACAGCUCUGAUUAAUGUCACAGGUCUCUCAAUAGGCUUUGGUUUAUCGUCAACGUGUGACACACUAAUAUCUCAGACCUUCGGGAGUGGAAACCUAUUGAAAGUGGGGGUGAUUCUCCAAAGGGCGAUCCUCAUUGUUCUGCUGGCCUGUUUCCCAUGCUGGUCCAUCCUCAUAAACACAGAGUCGAUACUCCUGGCAGUCAAACAGAGUCCUGAGGUUGCCAGGGUGGCUCAGCUGUAUGUAAAGAUUUUCAUGCCGGCUCUACCGGCAGCAUUCAUGUACCAGAUACAAUCCAAGUACCUACAAAAUCAGGGGAUAAUCUGGCCCGAAGUGAUCAUAGGGGCAGUGGCUAAUAUCCUGAAUGCCAUUAUCAACUAUGUCUGCCUCUUUGCCCUCAACCUUGGGGUAGCAGGGUCUGCUGCAGCAAACACUAUCUCCCAGUUCUCAAUGGCUUCCUUGCUUUAUUCCUACAUCAUGUGGCGAGGCCUUCACAAACCCACCUGGGGAGGCUGGUCCAAAGACUGUCUCCAGGAGUGGGGAGCCUUCAUCAAGCUGGCCAUCCCCAGCAUGCUCAUGCUGUGUGUGGAGUGGUGGACCUACGAGAUCGGAGGCUUUCUAGCAGGGCUGAUCAGUGAAGUGGAGUUGGACGCACAAUCGAUCAUCUUAGAACUGUCAUCCAUUGCAUACUUGUUCGCUUUAGGGUUCAGCGUCGCGGGGAGCGUGAGGGUGGGGAAUGCCCUGGGGGCAGGAAACACAGAGCAGGCAAAGCUGUCCGCCAAACUGGCUGUGUUCUGUGCAGGGUCGGUUUCUGUGUGCCUGGCAGUUAUCAUUGGGUCCACAAAGAACAUAAUCUCCUACAUGUUUUCCAAUGACGAGCAGAUCAGAGCCAGAGUAGCAGAAGUUAUGACGUUCUAUACUCCGUUCCUGCUUCUGGAAGCUCUCACGUGUGCCUCAGGCAGCAUCAUCAGGGGUGCUGGGAGGCAGAAGGUCGGAGCUGUCGUCUACAUCGCUGGGUAUUAUGGGAUUGGACUUCCUGUCGGGGUUUCUUUAAUGUUCGCCGCCAAACUGGGGAUCUUAGGGUUGUGGAUAGGUUUCUUCACCUGUGCCUUCCUGCAGUCGUCCAUUCUCCUCUUCUACAUAUACAAAAUGAACUGGAAGACAGUCACCAUGGAGGCCCAGGUUAGAGCUGGGAUCAAAGAUAACCAUCCAGACAUGGGGUCCGAUGAUUCCAUGGUGGGUCAGCCAGAGCAGGUGGGGCCCUACGAGAUCAACAGGAACACAGAGUUUCUGACCGAGCCUGACAACGAGCUGGCCGUCAGCGUGGCGGGAGGCAUGCUAUCCCACAAGGCACUGGUGCUCCGCAGAGGCCUGACCCUGGCUGGGAUGCUCUCCAUCCUGGCUGCGGGAAUCAUCACCAACCUGCUGAUCUCCAACUUCAUCCAUGGAGCUUAAAUGACUUAAGAGCUUCUCUUGGAGUGGGUCAGGAGGGUCUAGUGGACCCACAAGGGUCUGUAGACACAGAUCAUGUUCUUAUGGUCUUAUAGUCUGGAGAGCCCUCCAACCCAGUGGGGCUGGGUCUUCUGAGGACAAGUAGUGACCCGGGAGUGGAUGUGUUAGUUAGGAUCUCCACACACAGUAUCCUGCCCUGAGUGGAAGACAAAAAGGCCUAGACCACUAUUUUCUGAUAAUAGUACUGAUUGAAAUUCAGAUUUCUUGACGCUCUUGUGAAACUUUAAGUGUCAGGACUGUAGGAGGCGUGGCUGAGCUAUCAGUCUGUCCAAGUCAGCUGCU